AUGGAUACGUUUUUCCGACGGCACUUUAGGAGAAAAGAGGGAGCGACCUCGAGGGACGCAGACUCCGGGCGUCACAGGAGGCCGAGCGUCGCUGUGCCCACGAGCAAGGCACGCCGCCGGUCCAGCGCCGGACUCCCCUCCUCCAGCCUUUGUCAACGCCGCAGAUCCAGCGUCCAACUCCAGGCGCCGCUGUGCAUUAGCGGAGGGGGGCGCACAGUGUCCCGACCGAGAGGCGGCCCCGGCAGGAGGCGGUCCAGCACGACCACGCCGAGUCUCAACCCGAGGUUUGCAGUCCGACGGCGGAAAGUGGGGAAACUACGCACGAUUGACACGCAUCUUCUGGGACCUUCCAUGCUGUUGGCGAGUCUUUUCCAAAUGGCCGAUGAGGGGGAGGGGCCACACGGCGAGCAGCAGGUGGAAGUGCGUGGGCUCCAAUCAGACGGUGACGACAGCAGUGGGAGCGAGUACGACAGCCAAUCAGAGGACAGCCAGAUCUCAGUCGCAGAGCUUCCAGAAGAAGACGACCAAUUAGACAGCGGCGAUCAGUCUCCGCAUUCCUCUCCUUCGCGUCCAUUUGUGACAACGGACAGAGAUGUCCCGCCCGCAAAGCCGCAGACUGAGAAGCCGCGGUCCACGUCGUCACGGCCGCUCAUACGGGCCCCGCGUUGCCUUCGCAGGAACUCCUCGCAAGUUUUUGGUGGCGAGAGCUCAGGGCUGUGUUACCGGUAUCGCGGUUCCAGUCAAAGUAAAAGGAGGAGGAUUUCUACUAUUUCCAAAGCUGGAAGCCCGUGGCCCGGACGUGGACUGCCACUGCCUCCGAACCGCAGGAGCUCCGUGUACCACAUGCACCACCCAGCGUUCUGCCAGGGGCCGGGAACACUCAGCCCGAUGGGGGCCUAUGACUCUAGCCUGGAGAGCUGGAGUGCCUUCUUGUUAAAAGCCAUAGCAAAGUCGGGUUUGCAGCACACAGGACCUGCCUCCACCGAGCCGCGGCCAGAGCCCAGCAGCUGCAUCGACUGGACCGAAAAUGCACAGUUUGGUGACCACAUCUGGUUUGAGACGAGCGGCUCGGGAGAUUUCUGUUACGUGGGUGAACAGUACUGCGUCGCCAAGUCACUGCAAAAAUCUGUGGCCAGGAAGAAGUGCGCAGGUUGUAAGAUCUCGGUCCACACCAUGUGCAUGGAGCAGCUGGAGAAGAUUAACUUCAGAUGCAAACCUUCAUUCAGGGAACCAGGCUCUCGUAACGUCAGAGAGCCGAGUAUUGUGAGGCAUCACUGGGUGCACAGGAGGCGGCAGGCGGGGAAGUGUCGUCAGUGUGGAAAGGGAUUUCAACAGAAGUUUUCAUUUCACAGCAAAGAGAUUGUGGCGAUCAGCUGCUCGUGGUGCAAACAGGCUUAUCACAACAAGGUGACGUGCUUCAUGCUGCAGCAGAUAGAAGAGUGCUGUUCCCUCGGAGCUCACGCCGCCGUCAUGGUCCCUCCCACGUGGAUCAUCCGGGUCCGAAAACCACAGACAUCGUUGAAAUCCAGUAAAAAGAAAAAGCGGACGUCACUGAAGAACAAUAAGUCGAGUAAAAAAGGAGCAGAGCUCCAGGACGGACGCUGGAAGCCGUUUCUAGUGAAGGCUCUUUCUUCUCAGCUGGUGAAGCCGGUCCUGGUCUUUGUGAACCCAAAGAGUGGAGGAAACCAGGGGGCAAAAAUCAUCCAGUCCUUCAUGUGGUAUCUAAACCCUCGGCAGGUGUUCGACCUGUCACAAUCUGGACCAAAAGAGGGGUUGGAGCUCUACGCCAAAGUGCCAAACUUAAGGAUCCUGGCCUGUGGAGGAGACGGAACGGUCGGGUGGAUCUUGUCAGUGCUGGACCAGUUAAAGAUCCGGCCUCCGCCACCGGUCGCCAUUUUGCCGCUCGGGACGGGGAACGAUCUGGCCCGGACGCUGAACUGGGGCGGGGGGUACACAGACGAGCCCAUCACAAAGAUCCUGUCCCACGUGGAGGAUGGGAAUGUGGUGCAGUUGGACCGAUGGGACCUCCAGGUGGAGCCCAACCCAGAGGCGAGGCCCGAGGACCGGGACGAGCAGAACACUGACAAGCUUCCAAUUGACGUCUUCAAUAACUACUUCAGUCUGGGCUUCGACGCUCACGUCACUCUGGGCUUCCACGAAUCAAGAGAGGCAAAUCCGGAGAAGUUCAACAGUCGCUUCAGGAAUAAAAUGUUCUAUGCAGGAACGGCCUUCUCGGAUUUCCUGAGCGGGAGUUCGAAAGACCUCGCCAAGCACAUCCGAGUAGUGUGCGACGGGACCGACCUCACGACCAAAGUCCAAGAGAUGAAGCUGCAGUGCCUCCUCUUCCUCAACAUCCCCAGGUACUGUGCCGGCACCGUGCCGUGGGGAAACCCAGGGGAACAUCACGACUUUGGGCCACAGCGACAUGACGACGGCUGCAUCGAAGUCAUCGGGUUCACCAUGACGUCACUGGCAACGUUGCAGGUGGGAGGUCACGGCGAGCGGCUGCACCAGUGCCGAGAGGUGACCCUGAGCACGUUCAAGUCCAUCCCCAUGCAGGUGGACGGGGAGCCCUGCAAACUGGCCCCCUCAGUCAUCCACAUCAAACUGCGCUCCCAGGCCAACAUGGUGCAGAAGGCCAAGAGGCGGAUCUCCAUGCCCCACCUCAACGAUCAGCAGCCGGUGCCAGAGAAGCUGCAGAUCCGCGUGAACCGAAUCAGCAUGACGGCGUACGAAGCCCUGCACUACGACAAAGACCAGCUCAAAGAGGCCUCCACUCCUCUGGGUCUCAUCACGGUUCCUGGAGACUGCGAUCUGGAAACUUGCCGGCGCCACAUAGAGCGACUGCAGGACGACACAGACCAGGACAACGACCCGAUGAAAGGAGAGUGUUUUUCAUCUCAAAAACUGUCCAUGAAGUGGUGUUUCCUCGACUGCACUACUGCUGACCGCUUCUACAGGAUCGACCGAGCUCAGGAGCAUCUAAACUACGUGACGGAGAUCUCUCAGGAGGAGCUGUACAUCCUGGACCCAGAGAUGGUGCUGAAGGAGAGCGUGGGCACCUCCCCCCUGAUGCCCGACCUGGUGGACUCUGACGAACCGCUCGGCUACUCCUCCCCCACCUCCCCCUCCACCCCCACUCACCCCCACCGGGUCCGAGAUUUUCAGAGGAAGAGGAUUUCCAGUGACAGCUCAGUCUCCGACGCCUUGUCUCAAAACUCGAAGGCUCAGCUCUGCAGGAGGGGGGCAAAGAUUCUCAAUGUGCACCGUUCCAAUACCACCCUCGCCGAUUUCAGGCCCUUGAUGAUUAGUUCCACUUCAGCUGCACGAAACACUGUAAAAGAUGCAGAGUUGAUAGAAAGUGUAAAAACAGAAAACAUGAGCAGAUUGAUGGCGCUGCACCAGCAGGGGGCAGACCUGCUGCUUCAGGACCAGGGCGGCCGCACACUGCUCCAUCACGCUGUGGACGCCAGCAGCAAAGACAUCAUCAAGUACCUCAUUGACAACGUUCCCACGUCGCACCUGGACGUCACCGAGAAAGAGACAGGAGAGACGGCGCUGCACAAAGCGGCGAGCUCCUGUCAGAGGACCAUCUGUCACUUACUGGUGGAAGGAGGGGCUUCUCUCAUGAAGACAGACCUGCAGGGGGAAACUCCAAAACAGCGCGCAGAGAAAGCAGACGACCAGGACUUGGCUGAAUAUUUGGAAAACCGACAGCAUUAUCAGAUGAUCCAGAGAGAGGACCAGGAGACUGCGGUCUGA